UCCUACCCACCUCUUGAGAGUUGAGAGUUGAGAGUUGAGAGUUGAGAGCAUGUGACUGCUCCUCACAUCAUCACAUAUUCACAUUCACAUUGUGGAGGCAUGGCGAAGGCGGAGAACCGCACCAACCUAGCCUCGUGUUUCGUGGCCACCGUUUUCCUACUCUUCCUUCUCAUCAUCCUCUUCAUCCUCUACUUCACGCUGUUCAAGCCGCAGGACCCCAAAAUCGCCGUCAGCGCCGUCCAGAUCCCAUCCUUCUCCGUCACCAACGGCACCGUCAACUUCACGUUCUCGCAGUACGCCUCCGUUCGGAACCCCAACCGAGGCACCUUCUCCCACUACGACAGCUCGCUCCAGCUUCUCUACUACGGGAGACAGGUCGGAUUCAUGUUCGUUCCCGCCGGCAAGAUCCACGCCGCCAGGACUCAGUACAUGGCCGCCACCUUCACCGUCCAGUCCUUCCCCUUGGGCCUCGGGCCUGGUAAUGUGAUGGAGAUCGUAUCCAGAAUAGCCAUGGCGGGGCGCGUGAGGGUGUUGCACCUCUUCAGCCACCACGUGGAGGCCAAAGCUCAAUGCAGGGUCGCCGUCGCCGUCACCGACGGAACCGUCUUAGGUUUUCGUUGCUGAUUUUGCGUUAUGUGACUGUAAACUAGUGUAACAGCAGAUUAGAUGUCACCUUUCGCCUAGGGUUGGGAGCUUAAUUUGUCAUCCAAUUUAGUAGCAGUAAUAACUAUCUAAAUCUAAAUGCAACAAUAAUAAUAAAUUUGUCUCUU